GCCACAGUGUGUCAAAUUGUCGUAGCAGGAGGUACUGGAAAUUUGAUGCAGAGGAAUCUGAAUUAUGACUGUUAUAGAGGAACAAAAAUGCAAAUAAAACAAUUGGUGUUCAGUAGAGACCCAAUGUCCUACUGUGCAAAUCUAGGGGUAUUCUUGCUUAUACAUUGUAUGCCAUAUUUGCAGGGUUCUGAGGCAUUGCCACGGUACCAUUCAUAUGACAAUUUAUGCUGAGUCAGGCAUGAAGCGACAUUGUUGAUUCAGUUUGCUUUUACUCAAGCAUGUAAUCUGAUUACUUUGAGGCUACAGUUCUAUUAGAUGGGUUAGUCUGUUUCAGUAUGCUCAUCUGAAUUUCUAUUAGUUACGACCUUUGAAACAGCAUUUGCGUUUUAAGAAGGAAAAUAAUCGAAGUCACUGGCGUAUUCUUCACCCACGCCUUCAUGUGAUGUCGACAAUCGCAGCUCACCCAGUUGAGGAGGGCAGUUUCUGUCCUAUUUGAUUCCAAAAGGGAAGGUGAAGAAGAAUGGGGCCGUCGCAAAUGUAAGCAGCAGUCAAUGCUCGAAACUCAGAAAAUAAAACCUUAGCUGAAGGCUGAAGCAGCGACUGGAACUGAAGAGGUCACAAGACGCGAGAGUGGCUCUGAAUAAACAUGAUUUUUGAGCCAUUUGACAGCAGACCGGUAGGGUCAGUCAGGUGUGUGGAUGACGUCACUAACCGCUAGUGCUGGAUUGCCUUGCGGUGGGAGCGGCACGGCCUUGUGGGCCGAUCGGGAGCAGCGGCACCAGUAGUGGUGAGAGCGACCGCCAGCUGGUGAGGUGGUGCGACCAUGCGGCUGGUGCUGGUGUCAGCGGUGCUGCUCGCCGCGGCCUGUGGACAGCCGCAGGAUCUGCCGGCGACACCCACCAACCCUCCGAACUUCACCCCUCCCACACCUCCCACGCCUCCCACUCCUCCCACCGCUCCCACCGUGGGCUGGAUCCCACCGACGCCGCCCACGCCGCCCACCUUGCCGCCCGACCACACGCCUCCCACCCCUCCAACGCCCCCGACCCCUCCCACCCUGCCGCCGUCCCACACUGUGCCCACCACGCCGCCGGUCAAACCGCAAAACCUGCCGAGCAACCUGAGGGAGAAUGAGUGCGGGCGCAGCAACCUGCCACAGGAAUGGACGGUGGGCGCUCGCCAGGUGGAGUACCAGGGUGACCUGCCCUGGAUGGUUGCCCUCGGAUACCGGCGUCGGCGCCGCGUCGUCUACAGAUGCUCCGGAGUGCUCAUCAACGACCUCUGGGUGCUCACGGCCGCGCACUGCAUCAAACAACGCGGACCCGUGGAGGCGCGUCUGGGUGACAUUGACGUGAUGGCGGCGUACGUUGACGACCAGGAGGUGCCGCCGGUCGUCAUCCCGGUGGUGGACGCCAUCCGUCACCCCGACUACCUGGAGCAGCGCGGCACCGAGACUGAGCUGAUCCACAACAUCGGCCUCAUCAAGCUGGCCCGGCGGGCUCCCAGGAACGAUGUGAUCCGGCCUAUUUGCCUGCCUCUGGAGACGGAGCGAAGAGACUCGCUGGCGGAAAAGGAGGCACUCAUUGCCGGAUGGGGAUUCCGGAGAGACACGGGUCGUCCGCGGCGGGUGAUGCACUUUUCCAGCGCCGAGCUCAGCUCCCACCAGGAGUGUGUGGCCUCCUACAAGGGCGAGUACACCAUCACCUACCGCAUGCUGUGCGCCUUCGACUACUCUGGCAUCGACUCGUGCAAGGGUGACAGCGGCACGCCUCUGAUGCGCCAGUCCGCCAACGGCACCGGACCCUGGGAGGUGAUGGGUAUCGGCGCGUACGGCCAGGGCUGCGCCGAUCCCAACUAUCCGGCCGUCUUCACCAAGAUCGACACCUACCUCAACUGGAUCAGCCGCACAGUGGACCGAAACUGAGCAGACGAGACGGAAUAACAAACGCACAGUGGACCGAAACUGAGCUACGGUGGACUGAGCCGACGAGAUGAAAGUGAGCCGACGCGACACCGGCCGCACAGUGGACCAAAACAGCUUACCGUGAUGUGGAGAAACCGCACAGUGUGGACUGAAACUAUGUUAUGGUGACGUGAGGCCAGAGACAGGCGCAAAAGCAAUGCCGUUUAUUCUAUCGAGGCUGUGGUUCUACAGAGCACAAAAUGCCAGAACCUGCUGAGAAUCAAUGUUUCAUAGUCUGGUGUCAGACGGUGGAAAGCUUCCUGUAAGGUCCUGAGGGCGUGGAGGCGCCGAGCCGCGCAGCGCCGCCCAGAGAAAUCCACAGUAAUUUUAUGGUGAUGCUUUUUAUUUUAUGAGUCGUGCAGUUCAGAAUCUCAGGCUGAGAAAAUCGCCCGGCGCAUUUUGCACACCGAGUGUCGCCGAGAUACGUGGGUGCAUUCUCUGACAGAUGUAAAGCAGGCUGACAUCGCCUGACAAACCAGAGGCGUUCCUCCGGUAUCGGAAAGAAUAGAGAUAAAUGGGGCCUGUCCAAUAAGUCCAUGUGGUAGUGAUUCAGCUGCAAAUAUGAAAUACGACGGUCAUCUCUGUUACAGUUCUGUCAACGGAGAGUGGAAGAGAUACAAUAGUUGAUGAAUGGUUUCUGUGAAAUAAAUGUCAUCAACUGUGA